UCGUGUUCUGUUUGUGUCUCCCAGAAACGUGAGUUCUGCAGGCGAGGAAGCUCGGAGGAGGAUGAGGGAGUGUGAGGGCCUGACGGACGCUCUGCUCUACGUCAUCCAGACCGCUCUGGGGAGCAGCGAGAUUGACAGCAAGACUGUAGAGAACUGUGUGUGCAUCCUGAGGAACUUGUCGUACCGUCUGGCUGCGGAGACGUCUCACAGCCAGCAGGGGGGGUCGGAGGAGUUGGACGGUUUGCUAUGCGACACCGGCGGGAAGGACGCAGAGAGCUCUGGAUGUUGGGGCAAGAAGAAGAAGAAAAAGAAGGGACACGACCAGUGGGACGGCGUCGGCCCAUUUCCAGACUUGGCGGAGCCCCCGAAAGGCAUCCAGAUGUUAUGGCACCCCACCAUCGUCAAGCCCUACCUCACCCUGCUGUCUGAGUGCUCCAACCCAGACACCCUGGAGGGAGCAGCUGGGGCUCUGCAGAACCUGGCUGCUGGCAGCUGGAAGUGGUCCGUCUAUAUCCGGGCUGCAGUGCGUAAAGAGAAGGGUCUCCCCAUCCUGGUGGAGCUGCUGAGGAUAGACAACGACCGGGUGGUUUGUGCCGUGGCUACUGCCCUCAGAAACAUGGCUCUGGACAUCAGGAACAAGGAGCUCAUUGGUAAAUACGCCAUGAGGGACCUGGUGCACCGUUUGCCCGGAGGCAGCAACAACAACAACAGCAGUGGUGGCGGGGGAGGCGCCAACAGCAGCGGGCUGGUGGGGAAGACCAUGUCGGACGACACCAUCACGGCUAUCUGCUGCGCGCUGCACGAGGUCAUCACCAAGAACAUGGAGAACACCAAAGCCCUGAGGGACGCCGGCGGCAUCGAGAAGCUCAUCGGCAUCGCCCGCAGCAAGGGAGACAAACAUAGUCCUAAAGUGGUGAAAGCAGCGUCUCAAGUCCUGAACAGCAUGUGGCAAUACAGAGACCUACGCAGCCUCUACAAAAAGGACGGUUAUUCUCAAUACCAUUUUGUCAGCUCCUCCUCCACGAUAGAGAGAGACAGACAGCGACCUUAUUCUUCCUCUCGCACUCCGUCCAUCUCUCCCGUACGAACCUCGCCUAACAAUCGAUCAGGUGAGUCCACACCUCCCCCUCUGCUGUCUUCCCUUUCGUCCUCCAUCACUCUUUCCACCACCAGAGUCCAGUCAAACAAACAGCACUCCAACAUAGCUCAAGUCAGCUUUAACCUUCACACAACGGCGACCACUGACGAAUUAUUCCGCUGUCAGGCAAAAUCCUGCCGCUGUGCCGCCUUAAAAAAGUUCUCCGCCCUUGCAUUAGUGAAGUUGGGGGUUGACGAAAAUGAGCUUUCCAAGGCCUUGGUGUUUUCUGAGGUGCUGGUGACUUUUUACUGGUGAUAUUUGCCAUCUUUG